AAAAAAAGAAAGAUGACAUCCUCGCAAUUGAACAGCCGAGGUGGAGCGAUAGGCUGCGUCCCGGCGCGAUCGCUCUUUGCCAGGGUCAGGGCUUGAAUACAACAACGAGGCUUCGACAAACACCCGAUAGGCCUAUUGGGGGAAAUCGGAAGAAUAGAUUCAUAAAUUAAAAGCAUUAACUGCUACUCUUUCAAAUGCGUUUAUUGUAACACUGAUAGUAGUUGUCAUUGUGUGUAAAAUGCAUUCAUUUAAUUUUAAGAUCUAGCUAUUAUUAUGUAUGACUACGGCUGUGUAAAUAACAUUGAUUUUGUGCGCAAAGAUAUUUGGUUUCAAAGUCAUCAAUGCCAAGAGAUUUGCGUUCCUUAUGCUUUGAUAAAAUUAAAGUUAGAAACCAAAGUCAAAGAUAAAUAGGCCACUAUUGGAGCUGGCAAUUCCACUCAGGCAGUCAGCCUAGUCGAAACGUCUGCUUGAAUUUGAAUAGCUUGAAUACUUCUGUUAUAGAAAUAAUUUUACAAAGUACAUUUUUGAUAGUUGCAUGUCCCUUUCAGAUGAUCAAUAGCCUACUCUUCUUGCUGUAUUUCAAUACUGUCAACAUAGAUCUUCUCGCCUCAACCAUCAACAGGGCUAUUAAAUAAUAUGCCAACGGUUCACUGUCGAAUCGCCAUCAGGUUACUUAGCUGACUUUAUACUCUUCAUCGCUUUGGUGCAAAAUGGAUGCUGCUUGGAGCAAUUUUCUCUUCCAGGUAAGUUUUAAUUGACAUUCUUUCUAGUCGUGUGUGCGCUUUUCUGAAGAACGGCUUUAGAAUAUUUUCUUUGUCUGCAGCCCCAGGGCUUGCCCAUUUCAGUUAAACAAAGUAGUGUAUAGUCUAGACAAUGCAGCGAUUUUCUGCUGAUGGCUGUGUUUAUCUCUCCAGACUACUCCCACCCAAAACCAAGUGGAGGGGACCCUCCAAUCAGAACUCUUACCAGUCCAUAUAGCCUCUCCUCAGACCCCUCCCACAGAGCACAUAGCCCAGCCUCCUUCCACGGUGGACACUGCUGCCCUCAAUGAAGAACCCUUACCCGGUGAGAGAAUCAUGGGUUGUGAAAAUACAUAGAAAUACUAUUGCUUUUUCAGUGAAAAUACAUAGAAAUACUAUUGCUUUUUCAGCAGUUAUCAGCAAUUAAGUUGAAAAGGAGGUAAUGUAGAUUGCUAAACAAGUGGUCUGUUAUCCUGUUAUGAGUAUAAUGUGAUAGUAUUCAUACUAUUAUAUUUUGAAUUGAUAGGGAUGUUAUUAUUAUUAAUGUGCAUAUCCUCUCCCAUUCCCUCUCUUCUUCCUGUCUUCCGUGCUACAGUGAAGACGGUGUCCCGGCCUGCCCGUGUGCCCCACAUCUGUGCAAUAUGCAGCAAGCAGUUCAAGAACAACUACAACCUGCGGCGGCACCAGUCGGUCCACACCGGGGUACGCAUGAAGCGAGCAGGAGCAGGGGAGCAGGAGGAGGGGGCAAAGGAGGGUGGCAAUGGCGCCGGCCCAGCGCAGCUGGUGUCGGGAGGGAGGGCGGAGAGGCACACGAUCCCCCUCUCCCUGCUCCACCUCUCCGUUCCUCCCCCUCUCCCCCCUCCUAGCGUGCUGGCGUCCCAGCAGCCAGCUCUGGGUAGUCAGGAUGGCGGAGAGGUUGCCAUGGCGAGCGUAGUGGCUAGCGUUAACCCCCAUGCUCCUCCUGCUGCUGUUGACAUGGCGGCGGGGGCAACAGUACAGGUGGGUCAGGGUGCUUCUGGAGGUUGUUGUUGUCGUCCGUGAAAAGGAAAAGAAGAAUUUAGGUUCCUCUUGCAUGGUCUUUAUGGAGAUUGUGGAAAAGCCUUAUUUUCAAUAGAGGGAAUUCAGCAUGUUAUGCAAAUGGUCCAGAGAAAUUAUCUAGGUGUAGUGAGCCAUGUGUGUCUGCGUGGUUCGGAAAGACACAGAGAAUCGACAAUAUGAUAUGUCAAUAAUCAACACAGAGGCAUGUGUAAUUGUCAAGUCCGACAAUACAUAAAAAACAAUGUUUGUACUAUAAGCGCGUCUCUUUCUCCUCAUCUCUUCCCCCCCCCCCCCCUCAGCGGCCAUCAAACCCGAACCCUGUGCGGAAGAACCACGCCUGUGAAACAUGCGGGAAGGCCUUCCGAGACGUGUACCACCUAAACCGACACCGUCUCUCCCACUCGGAUGAGAAACCCUUCUCCUGCCCCAUCUGCCAGCAGCGGUUCAAAAGGAAGGACCGCAUGAGCCACCACGUGCGCUCUCACCAAGGCGGUGUGGAGAAACCCUACGUGUGCCCCCACUGUGCCAAGGCUUUCUCCAGGUGAGAGGGUCACGCUAUAGGCCAGAGAGCAGGGUUGUGUUCAUUAGGGCAGGCAAUAGAAAAUGCUUGCAGAUAUUGCCUCGCCAGGCCGCUUUCUUAUGCUUUGUGUCUCAGUGAUACACUGAGCUUAAAGAGACGUUACACUCCAAAAAUCAAAGUUUGUCAGAUGUUUUAGACCUCAAAAGUAGUCGAUAAGUCCACAUUCCGUGCCAUUGGUUGUGUAGAUGCAGCUGUAUGGCUAAACCCAAAAUGAACAAAACAUUUAAGCACCACAAAUCUUAUAUUUUUCAUUCAUAUUGGUUUGUGGCAUAUACAGUGGGGAGAACAAGUAUUUGAUACACUGCCGAUUUUGCAGGUUUUCCUACUUACAAACCAUGUAGAGGUCUGUAAUUUUUAUCAUAGGUACACUUCAACUGUGAGAGACGGAAUUUAAAACAAAAAUCCAGAAAAUCCUAUUGUAUGAUUUUUAAGUAAUUCAUUUGCAUUUUAUUGCAUGACAUAAGUAUUUGAUCACCUACCAACCAGUAAGUAUUCUGGCUCUCACAGACCUGUUAGUUUUUCUUUAAGAAGCCCUCCUGUUCUCCACUCAUUACCUGUAUUAACUGCACCUGUUUGAACUCGUUACCUCUAUAAAAGACACCUGUCCACACACUCAAACAAACAGACUCCAACCUCUCCACAAUGGCCAAGACCAGAGAGCUGUGUAAGGACAUCACGGAUAAAAUUGUAGACCUGCACAAGGCUGGGAUGGGCUACAGGACAAUAGGCAAGCAGCUUGGUGAGAAGGCAACAACUGUUGGCGCAAUUAUUAGAAAAUGGAAGAAGUUCAAGAUGACGGUCAAUCACCCUUGGUCUGGGGCUCCAUGCAAGAUCUCACCUCGUGGGGCAUCAAUGAUCAUGAGGAAGGUGAGGGAUCAGCCCAGAACUACACGGCAGGACCUGGUCAAUGACCUGAAGAGAGCUGGGACCACAGUCUCAAAGAAAACCAUUAGUAACACACUACGCCAUCAUGGAUUAAAAUCCUGCAGCGCACGCAACGUCCUCCUGCUCAAGCCAGCGCAUGUCCAGGCCCGUCUGAAGUUUGCCAAUGACCAUCUGGAUGAUCCAGAGGAGGAAUGGGAGAAGGUCAUGUGGUCUGAUGAGAAAAAAAUAUAGCUUUUUGGUCUAAACUCCACUCGCCGUGUUUGGAGGAAGAAGAAGGAUGAGUACAACCCCAAGAACACCAUCCCAACCGUGAAGCAUGGAGGUGGAAACAUCAUUCUUUGGGGAUGCUUUUCUGCAAAGGGGACAGGACGACUGCACCGUAUUGAGGGGAGGAUGGAUGGGGCCAUGUAUCGCGAGAUCUUGGCCAACAACCUCCUUCCCUCAGUAAGAGCAUUGAAGAUGGGUCGUGGCUGGGUCUUCCAGCAUGACAACGACCCGAAACACACAGCCAGCGCAACUAAGGAGUGGCUCCGUAAGAAGCAUCUCAAGGUCCUGGAGGGGCCUAGCCAGUCUCCAGACCUGAACCCAAUAGAACAUAUUUGGAGGGAGCUGAAAGUCCGUAUUGCCCAGCGACAGCCCCGAAACCUGAAGGAUCUGGAGAAGGUCUGUAUGGAGGAGUGGGCCAAAAUCCCUGCUGCAGUGUGUGCAAACCUGGUCAAGACCUACAGGAAACAUAUGAUCUCUGUAAUUGCAAACAAAGGUUUCUGUACCAAAUAUUAAGUUCUGCUUUUCUGAUGUAUCAAAUACUUAUGUCAUGCAAUAAAAUGCAAAUGAAUUACUUAAAAAUCAUACAAUGUGAUUUUCUGGAUUUUUCUUUUAGAUUCCGUCUCUCACAGUUGAAGUGUACCUAUGAUAAAAAAUUACAGAUCUCUACAUGCUUUGUAAGUAGGAAAACCUGCAAAAUCGGCAGUGUAUCAAAUACUUGUUCUCCCCACUGUAGCUGUAUCUACACAACACAUGACCUGGGACUUGAACCUAUCUCAAAAGUUUGAAUUUGGAAGUUCACAUUUUCUGUUGGAGAAAGUGUAUAACAAGGUAUUGUGGUCUCACCCCUUUCUGUCUCACUUCUUUCAGGCCCGACCAUCUCAACAGUCACGUCAGACAAGUCCACUCUUCUGAACGACCCUUCAAGUGUCCGGUAGUUGAUGUUUGUGCUACAGUCAUUGUUAGCCAUGGUUUUGCUUCUCUGUACCUUAAAUCCUUCGUACCAUAACUAUCCAUUGUAAUAAAAUCGGGGUUGGGAUCAAUUCCAUUUAAAUUCAGUCAAUUCAGGAAGUAAACUGAAAUUCCAAUUUUUUUAGUUUACUUCCUGAAUUGACUGAAUUGAAAUGGAAUUUACCCCAACCCUGAAUUAAUAAAAUGAACGUUUGUUUUGCUAUUAACCCUUAGUCUACAAUUUCCGCUCCCCCGUGGAAAUCAAUUCACAUAAUACAAAAAUCCCCAUCAAAAUCCGUCUGUUUAAGCUAAAGAUACCUGUUUUUUUGCAUGGGCUGCGUCUCAAUCCACCACUUCCGCUGAUAUCGCCCUUCCGCAUCUGCGGUGGUGGCAGAGCUAGAGUGGUGUUUGUCAGACUAUGAGACAUCCCGAAAAUUGGUCUGUAGCGUCUAAACGGUUUGGCCUACAAUGUAUUAUGACUACUCUAUUGAAAGAUGAGACUCUCACGAACACGAUGGUGUUCCCCGUUUUGCUCUAGGAUGCCCACAAGCCUCACAAGACUCGUCUGAAGGUCCCCGGUACCAGUAAAAAAAAAAACAUGGAAGUACAUUGCAUUCAGAAAGUAUUCAGACCCCUUCACCUUUUCCACAUUUUGUUACAUUACAGCCUUGUUCUAAAAUACACACAAUACCCCAUAAUGAUAAAGCAAAAACAGGUUUUUAGAAAUGUUUAAAAAAAGAAACUGAUAUCACAGUAACAUUAGUAUUCAGACCAUUUACUCAGUACUUUGUUGAAGCACCUUUGGCAGCGAUUACAGCCUCGAGUCUUCUUGGGUAUGACGCUACAAGCUUCGCACACCUGUAUUUGGGGAGUUUCUCCCAUUCUUCUCUGCAGAUUUUCUCAGGCUCUGUCAGGUUGGAUGGGGAGCGUCGAUGCACAGCUAUUUUCAGGUCUCUCCAGAGAUGUUCGAUCGGGUUCAAGUCCGGGCUCUGGCUGGGUCACUCAAGGACAUUCAGAGACUUGUCCCGAAGCCACUCCUGCGUUGUCUUGGCUGUGUGCUUUGGGUCAUUGUCCUGUUGGAAGGUGAACCUUCGCCCCAGUCUGAGGUCCUGAGCGGUCUGGAGCAGGUUCAUCAAGGAUCUCUCUGUACUUUGCCUCGAUCCUGACUAGUCUCCCUGCCGCUGAAAAACAUUCCCACAGCAUGCGUGCCUUUUACUGAGGAGUGGCUUCUGUCUGGCCACUCUACCAUAAAGGCCUAAUUGGUGGAGUGCUGCAGAGAUGGUUGUCCUUCUUGAAGGUUCUCCCAUCUCCACAGAGGAACUCUGGAGCUCUGUCAGAGUGACCAUCGGGAUCUUGGUCACCUGCCUGACCAAGGCCCUUCUCCCCCGAUUGCUCAGUUUGGCCGGGCGGCCAGCUUUAGGAAGAGUCUUGGUGGUUCCAAACUUCUUCCAUUUAAGAAUGAUGGAGGCCACUGUGUUCUUGGGGACCUUCAAUGCUACAGACAUUUUUUGGUACCCUUCCCAAGAUCUGUGCCUCGAUCACACAAUCCUGUCUUGGAGCUCUACGAACAAUUCAUUCGACCUCGUGGCUUGGUUUUUGCUCUUACAUGCGCUGUCAGCUGUGGGACCUUUAUAUAGACAGGUGUGUGCCUUUCCAAAUCAUGUUCAAUCAAUUUAACAGUGGACUCCAAUCAAGUUAUAGAAACAUCUCAAGGAUGAUCAAUGGAAACAGGAUGCACCUGAGCUCAAUUUCGAGUUUCAUAGCAAAGGUUCUGAAUACUUAUGUAAAUAAGGUAUUUCUGUUUUUUAUUUAUAAUACAUUUGCAAAAUAAAUGUGCAAACAUUUCUUAAAACGUAUUUUCGCUCUGUCAUUAUGGGGUAUUGUGUGUAGAUUGAUGAUGGAAAAUAAUAAUUUGAUCCAUUUUAGAAUAAGGCUGUAACAUAAUACUUUCCGAAUGCACUGUAUAUCUGGAGAUAGUUUAGUGCCUAAAGUAAGGGGAUAAAUAUAUGUAAAAAAAUAAAAAUAGUUUCCUGAUCUUCCUUAUAUCUCUCAGAUAUAGGACAGACACUUCAGAACAAACUUCCUUUUAUAUUUUUAUAUCUGUUGUUCCAUGUAGUGAAUCUGUUAUUCAAUGCUAAUAGCAGUAAUGCCAAAUUCAUCCAAUAAUGUUUUUAUAUAUAUUUUUGGAUACCUUAAGGGGUCUUAAAAUUCUAAAUCAAAUAGCUAAAUGAUCCUUGGUAUGACCAUCUUUCUCUGUAUCUUUAUUGAUAACCAAUUUUUACUCAUCACUCUUGAUGUGUUUAGACGUGCGAAUCCAGCUUCGCCACGAGGGACCGGCUACGUGCCCAUAUGAUCCGCCACGAGGAGAAGGUCCCGUGCCACAUUUGCGGCAAGCUCCUGUCAGCCGCCUACAUCACCGAUCACAUGAGGGUGCACAACCAAUCGCAGCACCACGCCUGCCAUCUCUGUAACCGCAGUGAGUGUCUGUCAACACCCCAUAUUGUUUGAUGGGUAACACAGAAAGGGUUCAUGAAUAGUUUAUAAGACGCUAACAAACGUUUCGAGUUCAUAAGUGGUUUAUAAGAUCUAAAUAAACAUUCAAAGUUUAUAAAUGGUUUAUUUGGAGUUAAUAAACAUUUGUCAACUACCGAGACAAGUCCUGGCACACACACACACUUGGUAAAUAAUCAGUAAACAAUUAAAGGGCAAUCUGCAGUUGCUACUUCCAUUUUUGGACAUAUACACUGAACAAAAAUAUAAACGCAACAUGUAAAGUGUUGGUCCCAUGUUUCAUGAGCUGAAAUAAAAAAUCCCAGAAAUGUUCCGUACACACAAAAAUAUUAUUUCUCUCAAAUGUUGUGCAAAAUAUGUUUAUAUCCCUGUUAGUGAGCAUUUCUCCUUUGCCAAGAUAAUCUUUAGUCAUACCACAGAUUCUCAAUUGGAUUGAGGUCUGGGCUUUGACUAGGCCAUUCCAAGAUAUUUAAAUGUUUCCCCUUAAACCACUCAAGUGUUGCUUUAGCAGUAUAAUUAGGGUCAAUGUCCUGCUGGAAGGUGAACCUCUGUCCCAGUCUCAAAUCUCUGGAAGACUGAAAUAGGUUUCCCUCAAGAAUUUCCCUGUAUUUAGCACCAUCCAUCAUUCCUUCAAUUCUGACCAGUUUCCCAGUCCCUGCCGAUGAAAAACAUCCCCACAGCAUGAUGCUGCCACCACCAUGCUUCACUGUGGGGAUGGUGUUCUCGGGUGAUGAGAGGUGUUGGGUUUGUGCCAGAUAUAGCGUUUUCUUUGAUGGCCAAAAAGCUCAAUUUUAGUCUCAUCUGACCAGAGUACAUUCUUCCAUAUGUUUGGGGAGUCUCCCACAUGGCUUUUGGUGAACACCAAACGUGUUUGCUUAUUUUUUUCUUUAAGCAAUGGCUUUUUUCUGGCCACUCUUCCGUAAAGCCCAGCUCUGUGGAGUGUACGGCUUAAAGUGGUCCUAUGGACAGAUACUCCAAUCUCCGCUGUGGAGCUUUGCAGCUCCUUCAGGGUUGUCUUUGGUCUCUUUGUUGCCUCUCUGAUUAAUGCCCUCCUUGCCUGGUCCGUGAGUUUUGGUGGGCGGCCCUCUCUUGGCAGGUUUGUUGUGGUGCCAUAUUCUUUCCAUUUUUUAAUAAUGGAUUUAAUGGUGCUCCGUGGGAUGUUCAAAGUUUUGGAUAUUUUUUUAUAACCCAACCCUGAUCUGUACUUCUCCACAACUUUGUCCCUAACCUGUUUGGAGAGCUCCUUGGUCUUCAUGGUGCCGCUUGCUUGGUGGUGCCCCUUGCUUAGUGGUGUUGCAGACUCUGGGGCCUUUCAGAACAGAUGUGUAUAUAUAUACUGAGAUCAUGUGACAGAUCAUGUGACACUUAGAUUGCACACAGGUGGACUUUAUUUAACUAAUUAUGUGACUUCUGAAGGUAAUUGGUUGCACCAGAUCUUAUUUAGGCGCUUCAUAGCAAAGGGGGUGAAUACAUAUGCACGCACCACUUUCCCGUUAUACAUUUUUUUGAAUUUUUUGAAACAAGUUAUUUUUUAAAUUUCACUUCACCAAUUUGGACUAUUUUGUGUAUAUCCAUUACAUGAAAUCUAAAUAAAAAUCUGGUUGUAAUGCAACAAAAUAGGAAAAACGCCAAGGGGAUGAAUACUUUUGCAAGGCACUGUAGUUUCUAGAUGUUGGGCCAAAGUAACAGUGUGUUCCCUUCUUUCUGUUCUUCUAUCAGUUCUUUCCCUGAGAGCAAAGUCACAGAACAUCCUAACACAAUAACAAGAAACAAUACGCUACAUGUAGUCACGCAUUUGCAGAGACACAGAGGACACUAAAAAUGUCCACUACACUCCUACUUUUCUCACCAUACAGUGAGGGAAAAAAGUAUUUUAUCCCCUGCUGAUUUUGUACGUUUGCCCACUGACAAAGAAAUGAUCAGUCUAUAAUUUUAAUGGUAGGUUUAUUUGAACAGUGAGAGACAGAAUAACAACAAAAAAUCCAGAAAAACGCAUGUCAAAAAUGUUAUAAAUUGAUUUGCAUUUUAAUGAGGGAAAUAAGUAUUUGACCCCUCUGCAAAACAUGACUUAGUACUUGGUGGCAAACCUUUGUUGGCAAUCACAGAGGUCAGAUGUUUCUUGUAGUUGGCCACCAGGUUUGCACACAUCUCAGGAGGGAUUUUGUUCCACUCCUCUUUGCAGAUCUUCUCCAAGUCAUUAAGGUUUUGAGGCUGACGUUUGGCAACUCGAACCUUCAGCUCCCGCCACAGAUUUUCUAUGGGAUUAAGGUCUGGAGACUGGCUAGGCCACUCCAGGACCUUAAUGUGCUUCUUCUUGAGCCACUCCUUUGUUGCCUUGGCCAUGUGUUUUGGGUCAUUGUCAUGCUGGAAUACCCAUCCAUGACCCAUUUUCAAUGCCCUGGCUGAGGGAAGGAGGUUCUCACCCAAGAUUUGACGGUACAUGGUCCCGUCCAUCGUCCCUUUGAUGCGGUGAAGUUGUCCUGUCCCCUUAGCAGAAAAACACCCCCAAAGCAUAAUGUUUCCACCUCCAUGUUUGACGGUGGGGAGGGUGUUCUUGGGGUCAUAGGCAGCAUUCCUCCUCCUUCAAACACGUUUGAGUUGAUGCCAAAGAGCUCAAUUUUGGUCUCAUCUGACCACAACACUUUCACCCAGUUCUCCUCUGAAUCAUUCAGAUGUUCAUUGGCAAGCUUCAGAUGGCCCUGUAUAUGUGCUUUCUUGAGCAGGGGGACCUUGCGGGCGCUGCAGAAUUUCAGUCCUUCACGGUGUAGUGUGUUACCAAUUGUUUUCUUGGUGACUAUGGUCCCAGCUGCCUUGAGAUCAUUGACAGGAUACUCCCGUGUAGUUCUGGGCUGAUUCCUCACCGUUCUCAUGAACAUUGCAACUCCACGAGGUGAGAUCUUGCAUGGAGCCCCAGGCCGAGGGAGAUUGACAGUUCUUUUGUGUUUCUUCCAUUUGCGAAUAAUCGCACCAACUGUUGUCACCUUCUCACCAAGCUGCUUGGCGAUGGUUUUGUAGCCCAUUCCAGCCUUGUGUAGGUCUACAAUCUUGUCCCUGACAUCCUUGGAGAGCUCUUUGGUCUUGGCCAUGGUGGAGAGUUUGGAAUCUGAUUGAUUGAUUUAUUCUGUGGACAGGUGUCUUUUAUACAGGUAACAAACUGAGAUUAGGAGCACUCCCUUUAAGAGUGUGCUCCUAAUCUCAGCUCGUUACCUGUAUAAAAGACACCUGGGAGCCAGAAAUCUUUCUGAUUGAGAGGGGGUCAAAUACUUAUUUCCCUCAUUAAAAUGUAAAUCAAUUUAUAACAUUUUUGACAUGUGUUUUUCUGGAUUUUUUUGUUGUUAUUCUGUCUCUCACUGUUCAAAUAACCCUACCAUUAAAAUUAUAGACUGAUCAUGUCUUUGUCAGUGGGCAAACGUACAAAAUCAGCAGGGGAUCAAAUACUUUUUUCCCGCACUGUAUGUGAUAACAAAAAUUCAUGUUACUUCUUAACAUACAUUCAGUCUAUCAACAGGAGUGCAUUUAGUAAAUAUUGAUUAUCACAUACAAGAGGCAUAACAAUAGAAAAAAAUCCAUCUUCAUAUUUGAUCCUUAUUCCAUUACCCUCUACAUUUAUAAGGUUGCUGUUGUUUAACAACCUAACUUAAAACCUUCAGGUACAUAAUCAAACAUUGAUACUAACUUAUUAUUGCAUAUUAUCAUACAUUAUAGGGGGAAAGGGGAUUUCCUGGAGAGACAGCAAGUUAUCAGUAUCACCUUCUUUAGUAGCUGUGAAAGCGAUAGUUGCUGAGACUUGAGUUGCCAGGGAAAAACAAAUGGCCUUAAAGAUUCCAGCUAUCACCCACUGAGCUAUCUGGGAGCCCCAAGCUCCAAAGAGGCCUUUCAGCCAACCAGUAAACACCCACUCUGAUUCCCCAGAAUGAGACUUUGCAACAGUGGCAAUGUAGUUAGCAAGAUCAGUCACAUUUGAUGACACAUCUGUGACAAAAGUGCAGCAUUCGUCGCCAAUGAGUGCACAGCCAAUAAGUAGUCAAGUGCCUCCCUGUUUUGCAGGGCCACCUGGCGGAGUGCUUUCACUCCCUCAUUCAGAGCAACCAAGGCAUCUCAAGUAGCAUUCCCCAUUUUCUCAACUUUUAAUAGCCAAAUCUCAAAUUUGAUCUAAGGCAAAACGCCAGCGAAUCCUGGAGAAGAAUGGCUGGCACCACAAACCCAACAGUACACGUCCCUCCCCAAUUAGGUGGUAAACUAUAAUAAGCAAAUCGGCCACAUAACCAAUAGGUACCAUUUGGGGUUCCUUUCAGUGCUAUAGACUUAUUGUAGACAGAAAUUGUAUAACUCACAUUACCUGGUGGUCCUGUAACAGAAUCAUGUACUACAAGAGAACUGGUAUUGCUACCAUUAACCAACAUACAGUGGGGAAAAAAAGUAUUUAGUCAGCCACCAAUUGGGCAAGUUCUCCCACUUAAAAAGAUGAGAGAGGCCUGUAAUUUUCAUCAUAGGUACACGUCAACUAUGACAGACAAAUUGAGGAAAAAAAAUCCAGAAAAUCACAUUGUAGGAUUUUUUAUGAAUUUAUUUGCAAAUUAUGGUGGAAAAUAAGUAUUUGGUCACCUACAAACAAGCAAGAUUUCUGGCUCUCACAGACCUGUAACUUCUUCUUUAAGAGGCUCCUCUGUCCUCCACUCAUUACCUGUAUUAAUGGCACCUGUUUGAACUUGUUAUCAGUAUAAAAGACACCUGUCCACAACAUCAAACAGUCACACUCCAAACUCCACUAUGGCCAAGACCAAAGAGCUGUCAAAGGACACCAGAAACAAAAUUGUAGACCUGCACCAGGCUGGGAAGACUGAAUCUGCAAUAGGUAAGCAGCUUGGUUUGAAGAAAUCAACUGUGGGAGCAAUUAUUAGGAAAUGGAAGACAUACAAGACCACUGAUAAUCUCCCUCGAUCUGGGGCUCCACGCAAGUUCUCACCCCAUGGGGUCAAAAUGAUCACAAGAACGGUGAGCAAAAAUCCCAGAACCACACGGGGGAACCUAGUGAAUGACCUGCAGAGAGCUGGGACCAAAGUAACAAAGCCUACCAUCAGUAACACACUACGCCGCCAGGGACUCAAAUCCUGCAGUGCAGACGUGUCCCCCUGCUUAAGCCAGUACAUGUCCAGGCCCGUCUGAAGUUUGCUAGAGUGCAUUUGGAUGAUCCAGAAGAGGAUUGGGAGAAUGUCAUAUGGUCAGAUGAAACCAAAAUAUAACUUUUUGGUAAAAACUCAACUUGUCGUGUUUGGAGGACAAAGAAUGCUGAGUUGCACCAUACCUAGUGUGAAGCAUGGGGGUGGAAACAUCAUGCUUUGGGGCUGUUUUUCUGCAAAGGGACCAGGACGACUGAUCCGUGUAAAGGAAAGAAUGAAUGGGGCCAUGUAUCGUGAGAUUUUGAGUGAAAACCUCCUUCCAUCAGCAAGGGCAUUGAAGAUGAAACGUGGCUGGGUCUUUCAGCAUGACAAUGUUCCCAACACACCGCCCGGACAACGAAGGAGUGGCUUCGUAAGAAGCAUUUCAAGGUCCUGGAGUGGCCUAGCCAGUCUCCAGAUCUCAACCCCAUUGAAAAUCUUUGGAGGGAGUUGAAAGUCCGUGUUGCCCAGCGACAGCCCCAAAACAUCACUGCUCUAGAGGAGAUCUGCAUGGAGGAAUGGGCCAAAAUACCAGCAACAGUGUGUGAAAACCUUGUGAAGACUUACAGAAAACGUUUGACCUGUGUCAUUGCCAACAAAGGGUAUAUAACAAAGUAUUGAGAAACUUUUGUUAUUGACCAAAUACUUAUUUUCCACCAUAAUUUGCAAAUAAAUUCAUUAAAAAUCCUACUAUGUGAUUUUCUGGAAUUUUAUUUCUCAUUUUGUCUGUCAUAGUUGACGUGUACCUAUGAUGAAAAUUACAGGCCUCUCUCAUCUUUUUAAGUGGGAGAACUUGCACAAUUGGUGGCUGACUAAAUACUUUUUUUCCCCACUGUAGUACAGUUACAAACAUUUUCACCCAAAUGAUUACACCUAUUUCCUCUAAUACACCAGGGGGCUAACAGGGAUCCUACUAUAGGGAUGGGUGGGUCACUGCAAUUGUUUUGUCUAGGAUAUACAGUGCCUUGCAAAAGUAUUAAUCUCCCUUGGCAUUUUUUCCUAUUUUGCUGCAUUACAACCUGUAAUUUAAAUGGACUUUUAUUUGGAUUUCAUGUAAUGGACAUACACAAAAUAGUCCAAAUUGGUGAAGUGAAAAAAAUUACUUGUUUCAAAAAUUUAUAAAAAAUUAAUAACGGAAAAGUGGUGCGUGCAUAUGUAUUCACCCGCUUUGCUAUGAAGCCCCAAAAUAAUAUCUGGUGCAACCAAUUACCUUCAGAAGUCACAUAAUUAGUUAAAUAAAGUCCACCUGUGUGCAAUCUAAGUGUCACAUGAUCUGUCACAUGAUCUCAGUAUAUACAGUUGAAGUCUGAAUUAACAUACACUUAGGUUGGAGUCAUUUAAACUUGUUUUUCAACCACUCCACAAAUUUCUUGUUAACAAACUAUAGUUUUGGCAAGUCAGUUAGGACAUCUACUUUGUGCAUGACACAAGUAAUUUUUCCAACAGUUGUUUACAGAUAGAUUAUUUCACUUAUAAUUCAUUGUAUCACAAUUCCAGUGGGUCAGAAGUUUACAUACAUUAAGUUGACUGUGCCUUUAAACAGCUUGGAAAAUUCCAGAAAAUGAUGCCAUGGCUUUAGAAGCUUCUGAUAGGCUAAUUGAAAUCAUUUGAGUCAAUUGGAGGUGUACCUGUGGAUGUAUUUCAAGUCCUACCUUCAAACUCAGUGCCUCUUUGCUUGUCAUCAUGGGAAAAUCAAAAGAAAUCAGCCAAAAAUGGUAGACCUCCACAAGUUUGGUUCAUCCUUGGGAGCAAUUUCCAAAUGCCUGAAGGUACCACGUUCAUCUGUACAAACAAUAGUACGCAAGUAUAAACACCAUGGGACCACGCAGCCGUCAUACCGGUCAGGAAGGAGACGUGUUCUGUUUCCUAGAGAUUAACGUACUUUGGUGCGAAAUGUGCAAAUCAAUCGCGUGACAAUCCGUGACACAGAGAAGAGCAGUCUCAGUUGAAUGACCAGUCUUGAAACCUGACUGGUUUGGAUCAAGAAGGUCAUUCUGAGAGAGAUAGCAAGAGAGUUGGCUAAAGACGGCACACUCAAUAGUUUUGGAGAGAAAAGAAAGAAGGGAUACUGGUCUGUAGUUGUUGACAUCAGAGGGAUCGAGUGUUGGUUUUUUGAGAAGGGGUGCAACUCUCGCUCUCUUAAAGACGGAAGGGACAUAGCCAGCGGUCAAGGAUGAGUUGAUCAGCGAGGUGAGGUAAGGGAGAAGGUCACCGGAGAUGGUCUGGAGAAGAGAGGAGGGGAUAGGGUCAAGCGGGCAGGUUGUUGGCCGGCCGGCCGUCACAAGUCGCAGGAUUUUAUCUGGAGAGAGAGGGGGGAAAGAAGUCAAAGCAUAGGGUAGGGCAGUGUGAGCAGGACCAACCAGUGUCAUUUGACUUAACAAACGAGUAUCGGAUGUCGUCAACCUUCUUUUCAAAAUGGUUGACGAAGUCAUCCACAGAGAGGGAGGAGGGGGGGAGGAUUCAGCAGGGAGGAGAAUGUGGCAAAGAGCUUCCUAGGGUUAGAGGGAGAUGCUUGGAAUUUAGAGUGGUAGAAAGUGGCCUUAGCAGCAGACACAGAUGAAGAAAAUGUAGAGAGGAGGGAGUGAAAAGAUGCCAGGUCCGCAGGGAGUCUAGUUUUCUUCCAUUUCCGCUCAGCUGCCCGGAGCCCUGUUCUGUGAGCUCGCAAUGAGUCAUCAAGCCACGGAGCUGGAGGGGAGGACCGAGCCGGCCGGGAGGAUAGGGGACAUAGAGAGUCAAAGGAUGCAGAAAGGAAGGAGAGGAGGAUUGAGGAGGCAGAAUCAGGAGAUUGGAGGGAGAAGGAUUGAGCAGAGGGAAGAGAUGAUAGGAUGGAAGAGGAGAGAGUAGCGGGAGAGAGAGAGCGAAGGUUGCGACGGCGCAUUACCAUCUGUGUAGGGGCAGAGUGAGUAGUGGUGGAGGAGAGCGAGAGAGAAAAGGAUACAAAGUAGUGGUCGGAGACAUGGAGGGGAGUUGCAGUGAGAUUAGUAGAACAACAGCAUCUAGUAAAGAUGAGGUCAAGCGUAUUGCCUGCCUUGUGAGUAGGGGGGGACGGUGAGAGGGUGAGGUCAAAAGAGGAGAGGAGUGGAAAGAAGGAGGCAGAGAGAAAUGAGGCAAAUGUAAACAUAGGGAGGUUGAAAUCCCCCAGAACUGUGAGGGGUGAGCCAUCCUUUUUUUUUGGGGGGGGGGGGGGGGGGGUGCUUUGCUGCAGGAGGAACUGGUACACUUCACAAAAUAGAUGGCAUCAUGAGGAAGGAAAAUGAUGUGGAUAUAUUGAAGCAACAUCUCAAGACAUCAGUCAGGAAGUUAAAGCUUGGUCGCAAAUGGGUCUUCCAAAUGGACAAUGACCCCAAGCAUACAUCCAAAGUUGUGGCAAAAUAGCUUAAGGACAACAAAGUCAAGGUAUUGGAGUGGCCAUCACAAAGCCCUGACCUCAAUCCUAUAGAACAGUUGUGGGCAGAACUGAAAAAGCGUGUGCGAGCAAGGAGGCCUACAAACCUGACUCAGUUACACCAGCUCUGUCAGGAGGAUUGGGCCAAAAUUCACCCAACUUAUUGUGGGAAGCUUGUGGAAGGCUACCCGAAACAUUUGACCCAAGUGAAACAAUUUAAAGGCAAUGGUACCAGAUACUAAUUGAGUGUAUGUAAACUUCUGAUCCACUGGGAAUGUGAUGAAAGAAAUAAAAGCUGAAAUUAAUCAUUCUCUCUACUAUUAUUCUGACAUUUCACAUUCUUAAAAUAAAGUGGUGAUCCUAACUGACCUAAGACAGGGAAUUUUUACUAGGAUUAAAUGUCGGAAUUGUGAAAAACAGAGUUUAAAUGUAUUUGGCUAAGGUGUAUGUAAACUUCCGACAUCAACUGUAUACACCUGUUCUGAAAGGCCCCAGAGUCUGCAACAAGGGGCACCAUGAAGAUCAAGGAGCUCUCCAAACAGGUGAGGGACAAAGUUGUGGAGAAGUACCGAUCAGGGUUGGGUAAAAAAAAAAAUAUCAGAAACUUUGAACAUCCCACAGAGCACCAUUAAAUCCAUUAUUUAAAAAAUUGUUAUAUUUGGCACCACAACAAACCUGCCAAGAGAGCGCCGCCCACCAAAACUCACGGAGAAGGCAAGGAGGGCAUUAAUCAGAGAGGCAACAAAGAGACCAAAGAUAACCCUGAAGGAGCUGCAAAGCUCCACAGCAGAGACUGGAGUAUCUGUCCAUAGGACCACUUUAAGCCAUACACUCCACAGAGCUGGGCUUUACAGAAGAGUGGCUAGAAAAAAGCCAUUGCUUAAAGAAGAAAAUAAGCAAACACGUUUGGUGUUCGCCAAAAGGCAUGUGGGAGACUCCCCAAACAUAUGGAAGAAGGUUCUCUGGUCAGAUGAGACUAAAAUUUAUCUUUUUGGCCAUCAAGGAAAAAUGCUAUGUCUGGCUCAAACCCAACACCUCUCAUCACCCCGAGAUGUUUUUCAUCGGCAGGGACUGGUAAACUUGUCAGAAUUGAAGGAAAUAUGGAUGGCUCUAAAUACAGGGAAAUUAUUGAGGGAAACCUGUUUCAGUCUUCCAGAGAUUUGAGACUGGGACAGAGGUUCACCUUCCAGCAGGACUAUGCCCUUAAGCAUACUGCUAAAGCAACACGAGUGGUUUAAGGGGAAACAUUUAAAUGUCUUGGAAUGGCCUUGUCAAAGCCCAGACCUCAAUCAAAUUGAGAAUCUGUGGUAUGACUUAAAGAUUGCUGUACACCAGCGGAACCCAUCCAACUUGAAGGAGCUGGAGCAGUUUUGCCUUGAAGAAUGGGCAACAAUCCCAGUGGCUAGAUGUUCCAAGCUGUUAGAGACAUACCGCAAAAAAUAUUUUGCAUCUUCAAAGUGGUAGGCAUGUUAUGUAAAUCAAAUGAUACAACACCCCAAAAAAUAUAUUUUAGUUCCUGGUUGUAAGGCAACAAAAUAGGACAAAUGCCAAGGGGGGUGAAUAAUUUCGCAAGCCACUGUACAAGGCUGACAGUAACAUUGUACAUCGCAAAAUAAGUCAUAGGGUCAGGAUUCCUUGGGGCGGGGAAGUAGCCAAUGACAGUAUUGAGGACAGUUGAAUAGUUAAGUUCACCCCGAAGGGAACCCCUCCAUAUGGGAGACCCUUACCUGCUCCCACAGGACCCAACUCACAUACCCAACAAGAAGUCUUAUAUGAGUUGACAUUUGCCACCAUUUCAGCUCAAGAGAGGAACAGAUUCCCUCCCUCAUCUUGACCUUUUACUUCUCUUCACCCAUGGGAAGAGAGUCUUAAGAACAUUGUUAAGUGAGACACAGUAUGCUACCAUCUCUUCUUCCAUUCUCUGCGACGUCAACUUGUUUUGAAGAAAUGGCGUGUUAGUCAUUCUCAUGGGUUGCCGUGUCAGCACCUCAUGGGGAGAGAGACCAGUCACUGUGUGGGAUCUGCCUCUAAUGCUCAUCAGUGCCAAUGGAAGCACCUUCACCCAUGUCACGCUUGUUUCACCAAUCAGUUUAAUCAAUUUCGUUUUUAGGGUUUGGUUUGCCCGUUCUACUGCACCCCCAGAUUGAGGAUGAUAGGCACAAUGGGUUCUCAAAUCAAUCUGUAAAGCCUCUGACAGGGAAUGAACAAUCUCAUUCACAAAAUGUUGACCAUUGUCAGAGGAGACUUUUGAUGGUAGACCCCAUGAUCUCUCUCAGAAGAGCCUUUGCCACAGCUGCUGCUGUAGCUCUCCUGCAAGGAAAAGCUUAAAUCCAUUUUGAAAAUAUGUCAACAAUCACCAAACAAUACUUGUUCCCCUCACAAGGGGUCAACUCAAUGAAGUCCAUCAUCAAGUUCUCAAAGGGGCCCUCUGGCCUGGGAUGGGACGCGGGUGAUACUGAAAUGAUUAGUCAUUCAGAUCACACACUUCUUUAAAAAAAAAAUCUGCAAACAGUAAAUCCUACUGUACCCCAAUAUUUCUUUACUAGAUCCACCAUCCCUCCUUUUGACAAAUGGUCUUGACCAUGUGACAAUUUAGCAAGGUAUUGGAAAGUACAACGGGGCAUGGCAGGUCUAUUAGAAUCAUCAAGCCAUACACCCGAGGUGUCCUUGCGACAGUGCUCACCCCACUGCCUUUUCUCAGUCGCAUCAGCUGCUGCCUGCAAAACAACAGCAUCAUUAGGAGAGAAGGGGUUAGUGGGACCAGAAACUGCUGCCAUCUGUAGAAGGGGGAAAACAGAAGAGGAAGCAGCCAGCUUGGCCGCACAGUCAGCUUUAGCUUUCCCUUUAGAAACACUGUCCUUUGUAGAAGUGUGUGAUUGGCACUUAACCACUGCAAUAGAUGAGGGGAGCUGAACGACCGUCAGCAAAGAGGAGACAAGAUCACUGUGAGCAAUAAUUUUUCCAGACUAAGUUAAAAAUCCUCUAUUCUUCCACAACGUGCCAAAAUGGUGCACAACACCAAAUGCAUAUCUACUAUCAGUGUAGAUAUUAACAAAAUACAUGCUCUGGUUAAACCAAUUAACUCUGCUGCCUGAGCAGACAAGUGAGGGGGCAGUCUAGCACUUUCCACAGUUUGAACAGCGGCGACAACAGCAUAGCCUACUAAAGGUUCACCCUUGUCGUUUCGCUGGGCAGAGCCAUCCACAAAACUCAAAGUUCGAAUUCAAAAGAGAAACGUCUUUUAGGUCAAGCCUAGGGCUACAGUCAAUCUCAAUUGUCAAUUCACACUCAUGUUCUUUACCGGCAUCAGCUGUAGGGAGGAGAGUACAUCUCUUCAGUGUAACAUGAGACAUUGUCAGAAGGAUGUUCUGAUAAUCUAGCAAUCUGGCAGGUGUAAGAUGGGGAGUUUAGCACUGUCAGGUCAGUCAUUGUUACAAUAUCAGAACAUGCCAAAACCGCCUCAGUUGCCACAGCAAAAUGCGGAGGCAGGACAGCAUGCCUCGGAUAACAGUGUCUAAACGCUUAGAGAAGUACUCCACAGGCCUAUAGCCAACUCCAUGGUACUGUGUCAAUACAGCAGACAUAAACCCAUGAUUCUCAGAGACAAAAUAAUGGAAUGGUCUGGUGUGGUCAGGCAAACCCAAACAGGGGGUCGACAUUAGAGCCUGCUUUAACUUAAUCAAGGCUAAUUCAGCCUCAGGUGUCCAUUCCACCACUUCAGACAUUGCCUGCCUAAACCUGUUACUAAGCAGCACGAUGUUGCUGUUGGGAGUGGCUGGCUACUGCCAUAAAUACAAUCCUGCAGAGGCUGUACCAUCUCUGCAUCUUUCAACCAUGGGAGACAGUAGCCAGCCACUCCCAACAGCGACAUCGUGCUGCUUUGUAACAGGUUUAGGCAGGGACUUUAUCGCCUCAAGCUUAUCUUUAGAGAGGGCGCGACCCUCAGAAGUAAUGUCAUGACCCAAAUAUUUAACAGAACUUCUACACAACUGCAUCUUAGAGUGGGAAGCUUUAUGACAAUUUUCAGCGAAGAAAACCAACAAUGCCUUAGUAUCUUCGUGACAGAUUUCCUCAGAUGAGGAACAGACCAACAGGUCAUUAACGUAUUGAACCACAGUACUACCUCUAGGGGGAAUAAAACCUUCCAGGUUCCUCGCCAUUUCCUGGGCAAAAAUGGCAGGUGAUUAAAUGUAACCUUGUGGCAUCACCGUCCAAGUCCAUGUUUUCCCAAGAAACGUGAAAGAGAACCAGUCCUGUGACCCAGGGUCAGCAGGGAUGCUGAAGAAUGCUGAAGAAUGCGUUAAAUCUAUAACCAAAAAACAACCGCUCCCUGGGGGAACUUGGGAAAGAAUAGUAACUGUGUUUGGCACCAGGGGUGCUCUUGCGUGAACAGCAUCAUUAACUAUUCUAAGAUCUUACACAAAACAAUAUUCACCAGAUGGCUUCCUAACAGGUAAAAUAGGGGUGUUAUAGGAAGAAUUUGGGCAUGGGAUCAAAGCCCCAUUCUCAUCCAGGGCCUGAUGGAUGGGAAUAAUACCCUUUUCUACUUCUUUGCUAAGAGGGUACUGAGCUUUAUUUGGUCUGUGAUUAUUCUUCGGGACACCUUUCACCGUGGUGGCACCUCUCAUCGUCCCAAUAUUGGUCUUGGAGAUAGCCCAGAGCUGUUCUGGCACUUCAUCCAGCCAUGGUAUUUGGGAGUUAUCUUGAGACACGACUAUCAUAAUUUCAGUAGGAAUAGGUUAUUUCUUUGGUAUCGUUCGAGUAGUAACCCAGAAAGGGGAGAAAAGGGUAGCUGUUGGUGGAGACUCCUUCCCAGGCCACCCAAUCAGUGGCUGUCAUCAGUCUUCCGGCCGCUGUAAAUUCCUCACCGUAGUAUAUUCCAUCAAUUGUCACUUCCACUCUGCUUUUUGCUUUGUCCAUCUUUGUUGAUAUUCAGGGUCUUCUUCACAUGAGGGGACAGCUGCUGUGCAGUGAAGAUGUUCUGGGACCUCCCAUGCACAGUGGUGUGGGAGGUAAGUGAUCUCUCUCAUUGUUCACCUUCCACCUCAGGAUCGUUCAAAUGCCAGGCAUAAGAACACUGGGACACGCACGGGUAUAUCCCGUUUGUAGGAGAACGGAGGGACAAGCCCUCAGCAGUGCAUGCAACAGUCAGAUUAAUCUUGCACAUCAGAUCUCUUCCCAGGAGGUUUACAGGGCAGGCGGAGAAGUACAGAAAUCGAUGUUUCCCACUUAACGUGUAGGGGGUAAGUGAGGCAUUCUUCAAAGGGAAUUCCUGAUGCUCCAACAGUGUGGAGUUUUUAUUUUAGAGGGGAUUACUUUCAGGGCAGAUUGUUUCAACACCGAGAUAGCAGCCCCGGUGUCUCCUAGGAAUGGAAUCUUCUGGCCAACUAUUUCAAUUUCUAUCAGUGGAUUUUCAGUCGAAAAGGUGGUAAGUUUCAGCAUCUGGCAUGCUUCUUGUGGUUCUUCAUCAUCGGAGUCUUCUUCUGUUCCCACCUCAUCCUAUGUUCUUUGCCCACCAAAGGGAUUUCCAACACUUACAUCUUCAGGUGGUCCUGGCCAUUCACCCUGGUCAUCUCCCAUCACCAGGACAGUCCCUUGCAAAAUGUCCUGGUUUGCCACAGUUGUAGCAGCUACAGUCUCUCCCUCCAGAGGCGCCUUGCGCUCCUCACCCUCUGCCUCUUUCCCUUCUUCUACCUCCUCCUCGGCCUCGUCCUUGAACUCCACCUCCACGGUAUUCUCCUCCUCCAGAGAAAAGCUUGUAGUUUAGCACCAGUAUUUGUGUUCUUCGACCUGAUCUGUCUCUCUGCAUGGGUGAUGUGAGGUUUGACAUCAGCAAGGGUCUUUGUCUCCCACCCAAUGGAUAUGGUGGUCACAGCUGUCUUCAGGUCUUGUCGCAGGCCAGUAACCACUGCAUGGCACACAGGCUGCCAUAUGAUUCUUGGUCAGGGGUCAGACCAGAGUCCUGGAGGAAGAUCUUCUCCAUUCGUUCCUGAUAGUCCUCAAAGGUCUCAUCGGCCUUCAUCAUUGUGGAAAGUAUUUUCUAUCAGUCUGUGUGCUUUGUGUAUGUUGUCUUUGCAUUAUUAAACACAGCUGUGAGUUCCUCAACACAGUUGGCUCUGGUUGCAUCACUGUUCCAACAUCCCUUACACUGGUUCCACUUGAAAUUCAAACACUGACGGAGUAUUUCCUCAAUUUCACGGGUGGUGGGGUUAUACAUGGCAAUGAUUGCUCUCACCUCUUCUUCAAACUUCAUAGCAUCUUUCGCAGGGUCAGUCCAUGCUGUCCAAUCUUCUGUCUGGCACAGUACCCCCAUACCAAAUGUCUUUGCCAUCACUUUACUGGGUCCCUUUGGUGCCCACUCUGGGUCUUCAUAUCUACUUUUAAUGUUCCCUUUCCCCAUUAUUACUUUUUAAUUAUACCUUAUCAAUUUACUUUACUCUAACAAUUAUCACACUCAUACCUCAAUCAUUCUGGGAACUAAUUUCCCUUUUUCAGUAAAUGAGUCAAUCAUACAAAAAUCAUUCCACUGCAUCACAUACUAUUCUCUAAAUCCUAAAAUGGAGUUCCCAGAACUUCCAUGUAGUUCCCAGAACUACGUAUGUAUUCCCUGAAUACUUACAGACAGCGUUGCCGACGGGGUCUCUCUACCCCCGCCUAGUCCCCUCUUAGGACUCUGGAUCCUUUUCUAAGCUUCUCAAUACGGUUCUUAUUGUUCAAAAUUCUUUUAAAUUGACUUACUGAAAUUCAGUUGUCAGUCCUUCUAGGUUUCGUAGAUUGUGUUUUCUCCCGGGCAGCCCACAGUGUCGUCUUUGGUCAGACGUCUUUGCACGCCUUCACAUGGAAUGCACCACCAGUGUUCCCUCACAGACCCUCACUGCCGAGCUCCACAGGUAGAAUCAAUCAUCCUGUUUUUGGGACGCCAAAUUGUAGUGGAAACUACCACUAAGGACUCAAGUCAAAGUUAAAUUAACAGAUCUUUAUUAUCACGGCCGGAGAGGUUACAACAAACGUAAUACUCAAAGUACAAGUCUGUCAGAAGCUCUGAAGGGGUGCUCCCGUUCAGCACUCUUUAGACACAUGCACAAACUAGGCGUCUCUGCUCUCAGGAGGCAAUAGGCUGAUCAUGACCUUGCACACACAGUUUCUAGGCGUUGGGCCAAAGUAACAAUGUAUUCCCUUCUUUCUGUUCUUCUAUCAGUCCUUUCCCUGAGAGCAAAGUCACAGAACAUCCUAACACAAUAACAAGAAACAAUACGCUACAUGUAGUCUCGCAUUAGCAGAGACACAGAGGACACAAAAAAUGUCCACUAUAAUAUGAUCAAAUAUAUCUCUUUAUUAUGCGUGGGAAUACUUUGGAACCGAUUUCCUAUAUUAAAAUCACUUGGAGCUGAUUUGCUAGUGUUUUUACAGUCUUAGUCCAACAAUGUUUUUUUUACUCAGAAAACUUUGGGGGCCAAAUUCACCUGCCUGUUGGGGGAACCACGCUAUUAAGCAUUUCCUGUAAAGCCUUGAAAUGACACUAACCGCUAACUGUCUCCAUCUCCUCCAGGCUUCACCACUCUGACCUACCUGCGUGUCCAUGCCCAGAAGCACCAUGGCCAGGAGUGGAAGGAGAGCGCUGGCGUCUUCGGCGGCACAGGCUCCGGCGGUGUCCUAGUGUGCCAGCUGUGCGGGGUGCACUGCAAGACCCCCACCCAGCUGCAGGGCCACAUGGGCACCCACAGCACGGGGGGUCAAGAGGGAUCCCCCGGCCCUGUCACCUCUAGCGGGGCGUCCAGCUCCUCCGUGUCCCUCGGCAACAUGGUGUCCGCCCCGAACGUCUACAUCAGUGGCAACACUGUGGUGAACCUGCUAGUGUCGGAUUGCUCCAGCAUCCAGCCUCAGUCCCACAGUUAG